UUUGUCUGUAAUCCUAGUUUAUCUGUACUUCUUUUAGAUGUAGGACUCUUUGUCUUGGCUUUGUAGGUACUACAUAUAUCCAACUAUAUAUAUCUACUCCCAACUGUCAGUCAUAUCAAACCACAACUUCCACCAUGAAAUCCCUCCCGUUUGACUGGUACUGGAAAGGCAAGGCUCUUCGCCACGGUUUCCUACACGGCGACUAUAUUGGCCGUAUCAGCGUCCCCUGUUGUUCCUGCUCCUCCCACUCCUGCUGUCCCCAUCUCCAGACCUGUCCCUGUUCGCAGCCAGUCUGCUGCGAUCCCUGCUCCCCGUCUCCUCGAUACGACUGUUGCGGAUGUCUUGUCGAUGAUAGACGGUAUUCCUGUGCGGACUCGUCUGUGUGCGUUGGUGUACCUCCUCCGUCCCGGUCUGGUUGUCAGUCCUGUCCGUGUCCAUGUCGGUAUUCACCACAUUUCUCUCGGAACAAUCGGCCGGUGGCAGUAGGCCGUCGACGAAACCAGUCGGAUACCGUGAGCUCUUGUGAGAGUGAUCUAGAGAGCGUUGUUAGUGAUGGUAGUGGGAGUUUUGGGAGUUUUGGGAGUGGUAGCGUUAGUAGUGGGAGCGUUAGUGGUGGGAGUGUUGGUGCUGCGCCUAGUGAGUGCAGGUCAUUUCAUCGGAGGAGAGCUGUUAAUUAGAGACAAGAAUCCAAAGCAGUCUUAAUUAUAAGUAGUCGGGAGUUGUCUUGUUCUAGAGUAAAGUAGUUCCUCAGAAUUGU